AUAUGGCGGUCUAUGCUAUUGCUAUCGUUGGGUCAGGGUCGUAGGUUAUAAAUAAAACGUGUGCCGAUCUUUCUAAUUAAUCAAAGCCGAUUACUACACGUAUAAAAAGAUAAUCUGUCUGCAGUCAAACAAUCACAAUGAAUUGGGAUCUGGAGUACGGAGAGUUAUCGAAGGAUAAAGACUUUGUUAACAACUGUGAAGACCUCAAGCAAAAUUUGAUAGAAGUGCAGGGAGUUUUGGAUCAACUGCUACCGCUAAAAGAACAUUAUGACAAGCUGACCUUGCCUGCACAGAUUGAGCUGGAUUUAUUCCUUGCCUUCACACUAAAUUCUCUUCAUUGGAUUCAUUUGAGAAUACAAGGCGUCGAUCCAACGAAACAUCCAAUCAGAGACGAGCUACAAAGAAUUAAAGCUACAAUGGUUAAAUGGCAGGAAAUAAAAGAUCGGGAUAAACGACCAACUGUGGACAUUGAAGCGGCUAAAAGGUUUGUUAGAAGCGGUCUCUAUGACCCUUAUAGAGCAACAGGGCUGCCACCUAAUAAAAAGAUAAAAUUCGAUGAUUAAAUUCUUUCAGUUGUAAGUAGGCACCUAAUAUGUAAGACUGAGUGUUGAUUAUUGGAUUAUAAAUCUAGUUCUAAGGUUCUGAUGAUAAUGGUUAUUUAAUUUUUAAUUAUAGGGAAUGCACUUUAAUGUCAUAUGAAUAAAUUCAUCAACCAAUUUUACUCUGUUGUUUUGCGUUUAUUUUUUGUUAUAUUAUGGCAUUUUUGUGGUAUGAGAAAGAUGGCUUUUAGUUAUGAGUGAUAUUACUAAAAUAUGUUAUUCAAUACUUACCAUCAUUUCUGUAAAUGUGUAAUUUUUUGUGAAUAUGAAUGCUAUUUAAGUUGAAUGUAAGGCAGUUCAUAGUGUGCUCAUAUUGAUGUGGUUUCUGGACGCACCAGGCACCAGUGCUAUUGCAUGUCUAUAUUAACACAUUCAUUGCCAGCAACCCGCCAGACGGGCGCUCAGUCCGUAGUCGCUUUUCGCUACAUACGCAUUUUCCCAUGUUAUCGGCUACGCUCGUAGCGCGUAGCAUGCGCUGGCACUGAAUGUGUUAAUAUUCAACUCUGCAGAAUCUAUGUAUAUGGAAAUCACAUUGGUAUGAUAAGUGCCUUAUAUAGUGGUUUAUUAAGUUAAGUUAAAAAUAGUGGUUUAUAAUUAUGAAAGGCAAAUACCUUCUCAAUUGAUGACAUCAAUGAAGUUCUAUGACAAAAUAUUGUAAUUUUUUUAGUUGUUUACAGUCUCUCAGUUAUAACAUACAUGAUACUAAGUAAUUUAUAUCAUAGUAAUAAACUCAUGAUAAUGUUAUAAUUUACUGUACAUAAUUAUCAUAAUUAAUGUUAUUGUUUGACAUGUGUAUAGUCCCUAAAUGUGUUGAUUUUUAGGAAAAAGAAGCACUAUCCAUUGUCAAUAAAGGUGAUUUUGUUGCCUAAAAAUAAACACAAAUCCUACCUAAAAAUAUUAUUUAUUAUUAUUAUUGUAUGUUUUCUGUAAAAAAAAUAAGAGCAACUUUGAUCUGAUGAUAAUAUAAGAAAGUCACUCAGUGGAUUCACUAAAUCUGAAUACUCUGUUAAAGCUUGACCAGAAAUAUAUGAUCAUUGUCAAGAGGGUGCUGAGGUCCUACCGCGAACCACGUUUGACGUGUUGCCUCUCUGUCGCACUUGUAAAUUCGUACGUAAGUGUGACAGGAAGGCAACACGUCGAACGCGGUUCGCGGUAGGCUCUGUUAUCCUCAUGUAUAGGGUGACAGUUCGGUUUAGUAUGAAAUAUUUAGUUCCAAUGAAAUUCCGCAAUAUGGCGCAUGAUCGUAUAUUACUGGUUAGGUUCUAACUCUGUAUGCCUGUCAGUAUCAGACAAGAUAAUAGUAUUUAUAUUCAAUUCAUACAAAAAUGUUAUUUGACACCACCUUUACUGUUAUGAUUAACUUUGAUAUUUUAGCUUUCACACUUGUUUGCCUACAUCAGACCACUUAGCAUGACUUGCGUUGUUGCACGCGAUUCCAUAAGUGAAAUGCGACUUGUGUCAGCAAGUCAUACUUAGAGGUCAGGAGUCUCCUUCGAGAAUACAGCUAGUGAAAAACAACAUUGUGUUCUCUCUCUAUCAAGUAUUACUUUACUAGCAGCAAUGUUAUGUACGAUUUAUUUACAACACAAUGUUUAUUGUUCACCCUUUUAGUUUAAAAUUAUUGCAAUAAAACAUGGUUUUAUACUGAAAGAA